UCAUCCCCCACUCCCAGCGCUUUCCUCCGUACCCUUCUACUUCUUCUCCUCCUCCACCGCCGGUGGAUAUCCUAUCCUGAUAUCCCGAUAAUUUUAUCCGCAACAGCAGCGAAAAAUGCGGCGGCUCUGGGAUAUCCUGGCCAUCGUCGGCGUCCUUGUCGUCCUGGCGGGCUCCGUUCCGGCGACCCUCGCGGCGACCCACACUUACAACAUAACCAAGAUCCUGGCAGACCACCCGGAGUUCUCGACGUUCAACCACUACCUGAGCGCUACCCGGCUGGCCGGCGAGAUCAACCGGCGGCGGACCAUCACCGUCCUCGCCGUCGACAACUCCGCCAUGGCCCCGCUCCUCGCCAAGCACCUCACCCUCGAGUCCCUUCGCAACGUUCUCCGCCUCCACAUCCUCGCCGACUACUACGGCGCCAAGAAGCUCCACCAGCUCACCGGCGGCUCCGCCGUCGCCUCCUCCAUGUUCCAGGCCACCGGCGACGCCCCUGGAACCUCGGGCUACGUCAACAUCACCGACCAUCGAGCCGGCAAGGUCACCUUCAUCGCCCAGGACGCCGGCGACAGCACAGCUCCAGCCAGUUUCGUUAAGUCCGUCAAAGAAAUGCCCUACGACCUCUCCGUCAUCGAGAUCAAUGCCGUCCUCACCUCGCCGGAGGCCGAGGCGCCCGUCCCGCCUCCGGCGCCGGUGAACCUCACCGACCUCAUGUCCAAGAAGGGCUGCAAGGCCUUCGCCGACCUCCUUCUCGCCGACCCCGACGUCGAGAAGACCUUCGACGCCACCGUCGACGGCGGCCUGACCGUCUUCUGCCCCGGCGACGCCGCCGUCAAGGCCUUCAUGCCCAAGUUCAAGAACCUCACCGCCGAGGGCAAGGCGUCGCUCCUCCUCUACCACGGCGUCCCCGUCUACUACUCCAUCCAGAUGCUCAAGUCCAACAACGGCGCCGUCAACACCCUCGCCACCGACGGCACCUCCAAGAGCUUCAACUACACCGUCCAGAACGAUGGCGAGGUCGUCACUCUCAAGACCAAGAUCGUCACGGCGACCAUCAAAUCCACCAUCAUCGAUCAGGAUCCGGUCGCCGUCUUCGUGGUCGACAAGGUCUUGGAACCAAGGGAGCUGUUCAAGGUCGCCGUGGAUGUGUCGGCGCCGGCGCCGGCGCCGGUGGCGAAGAAGCACAAGACCGCCAAGGGUACAGCCUCGCCUCCCGCUCCCGCCGGACCGGAAGAGGCGCCGGCAGACGAGAAGGCCUCCGACAACGCCGCCAGGAGGAGUGGUGGUAAGUGGGUCGUCGCGGCGGUGGCAACCGUCGCGGCGGUGGCGGCCGUGGGUGUUUACUAGAGUUCCUUUUAUUUUUCUCCUUUUCUUUUUCUUUACAAGAAAAAUUUGUGUAAUUGAUUUGGUGGUGAAAUAAGUGAGAGAAAUCUCCGUCGUUGAUCGAUGGAGGGGGUUAUAAGUGGAUUGCUUGUAAUGUUAAAUCUUAAAUUAUGCAACAUUUUGUAAUAUUAGCAUUCGCUGGACUUUGGAUUGUUUGUCUAUACUUUGUUACAGAAUAGAGACAAGGUUUGGAGCUAAA